AUGGUGAAAAAUUUCGAAGUUCCGUAUUCAACAACCAAUGAAGUAAAUAUCCCUCGCUCCAAACACCGCUAUGAAUCACCGAAAAUUGGUGCAAGAAGUGAUGUAAUGUUGUUUGGGCCUCUGCAUUUCCGAGUUUCUCAGAAAGCAGACUCAUUGAACAAUUGGUUUGUGAAGUCCUCACAGUUGCAUAGAGAAGCUGCCACCGAUCCAUUUCCAAUGGGGGCGUACACGUAUGUGUCGGAGCUGUGGAAGAAGAAGCAAUCGGAUGUGAUGAGGUUCUUGCUGAGGGUCCGCUGUUGGGAGUACCGCCAGCUCCCCGCCGUAGUCCGGGUCGUCCGCCCCACACGACCUGACAAGGCCCGCCGCCUCGGCUACAAGGCAAAGCAGGACUCAACUUACAAGUACUUUGAGGUAAUCUUGGUUGAUCCUGCACAUCAAGCUAUACGCAAUGACCCAAGAAUCAACUGGAUUUGCAACCCUGUGCACAAGCACAGAGAGCUCCGUGGUCUCACUUCAGCAGGAAAGAAAUACAGAGGUCUACGUGGAAAGGGACACUUGAACCACAAGGCACGUCCUUCACGCAGGGCCACCUGGAAGAGGAACAACACACUUUCUCUUCGCCGAUAUCGCUGA